AUGGUUUACUACUUCAGCUCCAACGUCGUUGAGCCCUCGGGCUUCAUCUACGUUGGCAAGGAUAAGUUCGAGAACGAGGACCUCAUCAAGUACGGCUGGGAAGAGGAUUUCCACGUCGAUAAGCUCUCUAGUGCUCACAUCUACCUCCGAAUGAGAGACGGCCAGGAGUGGGACAAGCUGCCACAGGAGCUCCUGGUCGACCUGGCCCAGCUCACCAAGGCAAACUCCAUUGAGGGUACGCGUCCCAUCACAGCCGGGGGGGCCUAUGUGCUGACCCCACGAGCAGGCAACAAGAAGGACAAUAUCACCAUCAUCUACACCCCAUGGGCAAACCUCAAGAAGGACGGCUCCAUGGACGUCGGCCAAGUCAGCUUCAAGGACCAGCGCCAGGUUAAGCGCAUCCUCGUAGUCCAGCGCGAGAACCCCAUCGUCAACCGUCUCAACAAGACAAAGGUGGAGAAGAAACCCGACUUCAAGCAGGAAAAGGACGACCGUCUCCGGGAACUCCGCAAGCGAGACCAGGCAGCACAGCUUAUACGGAAAAAGGAAGAGGCCAAACAAGCCAAGGAGUGGCAGGAGAAGAAGUAUCAAAAGGAUCACGCUUAUGAUGAGCUAUUCACGGACGACAACAUGGCCUCUUCUAGUAACCAGGAGAGAAGCGCCGACUGGGAGGAUGACUUCAUGUAG